AUGAAAAAAAUAACCAUCUUUUUUUAAUAUGAGAAUUAUUAUAAUAAUUUGACUCAUGUGUUGAUGAAAAUUAAUAUAUUAGAAAUAAUUAAAGUAAUUCUGUAAAACAUCAUUUACUAUGAACUCAACUAUUUAUUAGUUUAAAAAAUAUUCUGCUAAAUUUCUGAUUAUUAUUUGAAUCAUGUUUUAGCUAAAAAGUUAGAUGAAGUGUUUCUGAAUCUCAUUAUGAAAGUAUAAUCCAUCAUUAAUAAUAAAAAUACUAAUUAAAGCUAGUUUAAAAUUUACAUAAUGGAUUAGAAGAAUAUUAUCUCAGUGGAAGAGUCAUCAGAGAAUGAUUGUAUAGUGAUUCGUUUUAUGGUGAAUAACAAAGAGGUUUUGCCAAAAAUAGUGUUCAAAUUGACUGAAAAUUAUUCAGAGCAAUUUUCAUCAACCCUAUAUGAACAUCUAUCUCAUUACAUUCCGAAAGAGUGUCACUAUCUAUAUUUUGUAAAUUAUUGAUAAACUAUUAAAUUUCAUUAGAACGAACCUUUGAAAUGCAUGGAAAAAUAGAGAUUCAAUUUGAUCACUUAAGUAUGCGUAGAUGUUAUACUAAAAUUAUUAAACAUAAAAUAUAUACCGAUAAUAAGAACAAAUUAUUCUCUGUAUAAACUUGAAGAGGUAUUUUGUACAAAUAUUCAACCUAGGCUAUUCAAGAGGGAAGCAAAUCUGUAAUUGAGAAACUGAAUUAGAGUUGGUAAACAUAAUGUAAACUCAAAUCUAAGAUCACAAAAGAGUUCCUAUCAACCUUAAAUUAAUUCAAAUAUUACUAUCGUAUAGAGAUACUAAUAACAUCAACAUUACAAUAAAUAAAAUAAGAAAAAUAUUCGGAGUAUGAUAUACUAUAUGUACCAACAGAUGAGUUAAUAUUCUUAAAAACAAACAUUAAAUAAUAAUUAUCACUAUCAUUUCAUGAUUUAGAGCAAAUAAAUAAAUGUAAUUAGUUAAUAUGAGUUUAUAUAUUAUAUUAAAGACAACACAUCAAAAAUAUCUAUACUCAAUAUUUUCGAUAUAAAUUUAAUAAUUAAAUCAAAACUUAUUUGCAAAUGGCUUAGUAAAAUACAAAACAUAAUAAUUCUAACAAGAUUAAUUCCAAUUUACAAUUCUCUUCUAAUUAAAAACAAAUUGUCAAUACAUCAUAAACUAUCGAUAAUGAUGUAAUAUCCAGUAAAAAGAAGGUAAAAUAAUACACUGAAUUUUAGGAAGUUUAUGACAGAUUGAUGAGUUCUUAAACAAAUAGAGACAAUUAAACUGAAGUAUCCUUAUACUUUGAUCAUUUAGGAGGUAUAUUUCAUUAAAUAUAAAUCAAAAAGGUAAAUGUCUAUGUGCAUUAUGUAACUGUGGUAAACACAAAUGUAAUGGUAAAAAUUGCAUACACAAACCCUAAUUACAUGGAAAUUAUACUAUUUAUUAAAAGGAAUACUAGAAGAAGACACCAGAAACAGGGUCUCGUUAUAAUUAAAAUAUAUUCACCUAACCUAAGGCAGAAGGAGAUUUAGGAAAUGUGACAACAUAUAAAGUAUUUAUUAACAUAUUAAUACUUUAGCAUGAUUUUCCAGGCUAUAAUAACAAAGCAGAAUUACACAAGAAUUCAUAGAAACCUACAGUAAGUGGAGUCCCUUUCUCUGGAUUGUCAACUUAUAACAAUAUGUACCUAAAUUGGGGAAUGGGUGAUACACCUUAAUUACUACCUUAGAAUAAUCCUACUGUUAUAAAAGAAAUGCCUUUUAUGGGAAGGAGCAUAUAUAAAGAUAGUUAUUAAGGAGUACAAGUCCCACCAGUAUAGAGUUGUAAAAACAUGAAUAAAGCUUUGAAGUAUAUUAAUAUUACUUAUGUAGAUCUCCAUUAUCUCCACCAGAUUUGUAAUUCUCUGCUGAAUCAAUAGCUAAAUCUUCUUAUAAACCAUUUAGAACAGAUAGAGUACCUACAGCUAAAAGCUAACAAAAUGUAUAUAUCUAUUUUUUAUAAUAAAAUAGGCAAACUUAAAUCCUUCAUAUAAUGGUUAAUAUAAUAGUGAAUAUCGUAAGGAAUUCGACCCAAAAAGUUUGAAUUAAUGUCCAGCAAAGGAUGUUUUGGAGGAAGUUGCUCGUAAUACAUAAUUUUGA